AUGAAUAGAUUACGAUCAGUUAGUCAUCAAACUAAAAGAUUAGAUUAAGAUGAGCAUCGUUUACUUAAACCUUCACGUUUCCAGAGGAAAAUAAUCGUAAAUUAUAAUGCAUAACUAUUAGCCAUUACAUUAAGAAAAUAGCAUGUUAAAGGAUCGAUUGAAUUUAAUGAAAUUUGAGGUUGAAGACAAUUUAUAAACAAUAAUAGAUGAAUUGGAUUAAGACUUAUAAUUAAAAGCCAAACUCAUUGAUUUUUAAUAGAUUUUUGGUUUGAUCAAAGAAUAAAUUACUAAAGACCAUGAAAAAAUAGAUAAUUUAUCUGAAUAAAUAGAAAGAUUAUAAUAUAAUUUAAAUGAUAACAUAAAAUAAAGAGAACAAGAAUCAUACCAGUAUCAACAGUCAAAUUCAUAUAUAUCUGAUGAACUAAUAAAAUAAAAGGCUUAAUAUAAAAAGGAGAAGGCUGCUUUAAAUGAACAACUUAAAUAACUUAAAUACUAAAAUUCCAUUUAAAUUUAAGACAUAGAAGAAUUAAGAAAACAAAUUAAUUAGGAAUAGUAAAAAAAUUUUGAAUUAAAUUAAAAUCUAAGAAAAACAAAAGAAUUAGAAUAAAUUUUAAAAGACUAAUAAAGUCAUUAUGAGACAACAAUUACGAAAUUACGUUCAUAGUUAGAAACUGACAAUCAAGUAUUUAAAAUUGAAUUAGAAUAACAAGAAUUAAGAAUUGAAUCAAAAUAUAGAUAAUUAAUUUAAGAACAUAAAUAAUUAACAUAGUAAAUAUCUGAGCUUAAACAAAAUUAUAAUUAAAUUAAAUAACAAAAAGAAUCAGUAGAAAGAAAUCUAGAUUAAAAUCAUUUAAAAAUUAGAGAAUUAAAAACAGGAGUUAUUUAAGAUAAAUAGACUUUAUCAAAAUCCGAAAAAGUUAUGGAAGAAUUGUAAAAAGAACUAGUUUUUUAUAGAAAUAAAGUAAUAUUAGAAGAAAAAAGAGAGGAGAUAUUAAAAUAAAAAGUUUAAUAAAAUGAGGAUUAAAUUUAAGAAUUAUUGUAAAUAAAACAGAAUUAUGAAAAUUAAAGAUAAACCUUAUAAUAAGAACAUUAAAUUGAAAUGGAUAAAGUUAUGAUGAGUAAUUACAAAUAAAUUUCAGGAUAUGUUGAAUAGAUAUAAAUUUAAAGAUUAAAAUAUGAAAAGUUAUUAGGUAAUAAAAUUAGCUAUUAGGAUGUUUAAAAUUAUUAACUAAUUAAUUUUUCGUAACAAUAUGAUGAUCCUAUUCAUAUUGAAUAUGUUUCAAAUUUAGAAUAAUAAUGUGAGAAUUAAAAAAUAGAAAUUGAUAAUUUCAAACAAUAAAUAAUCUUUUUAAAUUAGGAACAUACUUAAGAGAUUGAAUAAAUGUAAAAAUCAUAUGAGUAAAGAAUUUCAGAUUUAAUCUGUUAAUAAUAAUAAGAACUAUAAUAGUAAUCGGCUGAAUUUGAUGAGUUUAAAUAAAAGAUUUAAGCUGAUUUCACUUAUAAAACCUAAAUUAUGACUCAAUAAUUUUCUUUUUAAUUAGAUUAACAAAGACAGGAAUAGAAAUAACUAUAGUAAAUAAUUGAUUAAUCGAAAUUGAGUGGGGAUGAAAAAUCUAAAUUAUUAGAAAUUGCAUCUGAGGAAAUUUUGAUUUAAAAGUAAAAAUAUGAUCAUGAUAUUUAUGAAGAAAGAAAUACUUAAAAGUAACUUAAAUAUGAAUUUGAAAACAAUAUUUUACAAUUAAAAUCUGAAAAUUAAAGAUAAUUGGAUUAUUUUAAGAGAGAUAUCGAAAAUUUAUAGGCUUAGAUUAAAGAUUUAUAAUUUCGAGAUUAAUUAUCUAAAUAAAGAAUAAAUGAUUUGUUUAAUGAAUAGAGAAAAGAUAAAAGUUAAAUCAACUAGUUAGAAAUUUAGUUGUCAAAAAAAUAAGCAGAAAUGAAAAAGCAAAAUGAAGUAAUAAAGAAUUUAAACAUACAUAUUUCAUCUUUAAUGAUGGAGGUAGAAAAUGCAAAAUAGACAUAUAAUAUAUUUGCUUCUCCAUCUUUAAAAUCAUCUCAUCAUUAUUUAAAAAAAGUUGAUUUAGACAUUUUAUAAGAUUCUCCAAGAAGUUCUUCAAGAAAUUUAAAAGAUUAAUCUGAAAUCUAAUCUAUUGAUAUGAAAGCCAGUACAAAUAGGAAUAAAUCUCAAUAAGCUUAAAGGUUUCAUCAGUUAAAAUAGCUGCCUCCAUUUUGA